UUGAUUAGAUUGACAUCCCCUUGAACGGUAUGAUUACUCUGUUUUACACGUCGAGUUUGUGAAUUCAGUCUGCUGCAUUCAUAUUCUAACCUCUGGAUCAUACGAAGUUUUCAAAAUAAACACACUGUUAAUCUCUUUAAAAGCUAUAACGUAGCGGAAUGGAGACAGUAGAAGAAUUGAAGAAGAGAAUAGCAAACUUGGAAAAACAGCUGGCAGAGUCAUUGCAGACGAAAAAUGUCUCAUCCAGAGGAAAGAUCUCUGCGAUGAGCGCUGAAGUCGUUGAUUCUAACCCGUACAGCCGAUUGAUGGCACUGAAGAGGAUGGGUAUAGUUGACAAUUAUGAGCGGAUUCGAGAAUUUUCUGUGGCAGUUGUAGGAGUAGGUGGAGUGGGCAGUGUUACUGCUGAAAUGUUAACCAGGUGUGGUAUAGGAAAGCUGAUACUCUUUGACUACGACAAAGUUGAACUUGCCAACAUGAAUCGAUUAUUCUACCAACCACACCAAGCUGGCAUGAGCAAAGUAGAGGCUGCUGAGAGAACACUAAGGGAGAUCAACCCAGAUGUGGAGUUUGAAGUGUAUAACUACAACAUCACCACAGUGGACAACUUCCAGCAUUUUAUGGAUCGAAUCAGGAAUGGUGGUAUAGGAGGAGCUAAACCUGUUGACCUAGUGCUGAGUUGUGUGGACAACUUUGAAGCACGCAUGGCUAUCAACACAGCAUGCAAUGAGCAAUGUCAGAAGUGGUUUGAGUCUGGAGUCAGUGAGAAUGCUGUGUCAGGUCACAUACAGUUCAUUAUUCCUGGAGAAACAUCAUGUUUUGCCUGUGCUCCUCCACUAGUGGUGGCAACAAACACAGAUGAAAAAACAUUGAAGAGAGAAGGAGUGUGUGCAGCCAGUCUGCCCACAACCAUGGGAGUUGUGGCUGGCUUCUUAGUGCAGAAUGUCCUAAAAUAUCUCCUAGGUUUUGGAGACGUUUCUUACUAUUUGGGUUACAAUGCUCUGCAAGACUUUUUUCCAACGAUGGCAUUGAAGCCCAAUCCACAAUGUGAUGACAGAUUUUGUCGGACGCGGCAGGAGGAAUACCAGGCCAGAGAGGCAACUCGACCUAAGGAAGAAAAAUCUGAGGUCAAGAAAGAAGAAGAGAUUGUACAUGAUGAAAAUCCUUGGGAAAUUGAACUGGUGUCUGAGACAACAGCAGAGGAGCUUCAGGCUGCAGAAGGAGAUAAGCCAGUCCUGACAAAGGGAGUGACAGUAGCAUACACCAAGCCAGCUUCAUCACCUGAUGGAGACAACAGUGCCACUAUUCAAGAUAAUGACCUGAGUAUAGAGGAACUCAUGAAGCAAAUGCAAUCUCUCUGAUAAUCCUUGAUGAUUGUAGAUCAGCACACCACUGACAGCAAAUUUUCAGCAUCAGCAUUUAAUUUGUGUGGAGCUGCUGCUUUGCUCAAACAUCUAACAUACUAUCGUUAUGAAACUGUGAUGAUUCAGUUUUAUGGGUUAGCUUGUUGUGAGCCCAGAUUCCACUGUCAAGAAAUUUGUCAGACUGAAAGACAAUGUUAUAUUUGGUAAAUAUAAGUCGCAAAAUAUGGUUGGUUACCAUACCUUCUGCAUGGAAGAGGCUAAACAAAAUAAAGGUAAUACUGCCAUUGCAACAUUUAUGAAAAGCCCUUAUUGUAGGGCUAAAAAUACAGCAAAGCUUUGGUUAUCACAAGUGAAUUACAUAUAUACAAGUGAAUAUAUGUGGCACAAGAAUUUUAGGGCAACAUUUUCCAAAAAGAUUUCACCUCCAAAAACUUAAAUGCAUUAUUACAUCAUGAACUGCUUUAACAGAGCAUCAGAUGUCUCAUUUAUUUUUCUUUUGGUGAAAUUUUAAGACAGCUUAGAAAAGCACAACUUUGCAUAUUCAAAAUAAAUUUGCCUCAUUCAUUUGCUUGAAACCUGAUGUAAACAUUACUUUUUUUGCCACUUGAAUACUGUACUUUGUUAUAUUUUUGUUUUAUAAUAAUCUCACUGGUAUUGAUGUUUUGAUACAGAUAGAAAUAUAGGAAUGAUAGCCAUAAUAGUAAAGGUCACUGAAAAUGUUUCUAGUCAUUAAAUCAUAUUUUCAGUUUGUUAUCUUAAAAUAUGCUUCCUAAAAAAUAAACAGUGGAGAUAAACAAAUUUACAUUAAAUGCAGUAACUUUUAUGUACCAAAUAUAUUAUUUUGUAUUUGCAACAUAAUGCUGACAAAAAAGAAAUACUUUCCAAAAAUGUUAAUAUCUGGAUUAAUUUUGUUUUUAUGCAAAAGGAAAGAGAGCUGGGGAAAUAGGUUGGAAGGUCAAAAUGUUUGAAGAAUUUCUGCUUCAGAACUUUGUCGACGUGAUUUUUUUGUUUUGUUUUGAAUCUUAAUACUGUAUAUAAAAAGCAUUUCAUCCCUCAGAACAAAAACAUUGAAGAUGAGAAAUGAAAGUGGAAGUAACUUUGAUGAAGUUGUCUUGGACUAGACAUUUAAAUGUUCUAACCUUGAAAGAAAAAGCAUUUUGAGAAUUGCUUUAAAUUAAUUGCAUUAAAACUGCUUUGCAAUAGGUGGUGAUGUGAAGUUAAAAUGAAGUAAACCUUUGGGUUCAGUUUUCCAAACCCUUCCCUCCCAAAACCUUUAUAACACAUUUAUUGAAAGUCAUCAAACAUUUGGACCUCCCCAUGAAUUUUAGUCAAAUGAGAAUAAGCAAACUCCUUACAAAACAAGAUUUCAAAAUACUUAAAAUAAAACAGUAAUCAACAUAUUUUUAUCUAAAUAAAAUCUUUGUUGCCUUCUAAAA